AUGGACAAGCAACAAUCAACUAAAAUGCCAAAACCAUUUGAUGAAGAUUCAUCAGCUUCAGGUAUUAACAAUAAUCAACAACAAUUCGUUCUACGCGAAGAUGAUCGUCUUAAACAAGAAGAAGAUUAUCGUCAGGAAUUGAUGAAAGUUCAAGAUGAAAUCGUUACUCUACGUCAAGUUCUUGGUGCCAAAUUGAAACGCGAACACGAAUUGAAAACUUUGUUAGGUGUUGGUUUCGUUGAUGAUUUGAAGCAAGAUUGGAACGAUACUGUUAGUGACAUUAAAUCAACAACAGCUUAUCAAAAAACAGCCGAAACAUUCAGUGCUGCUUCGGAAAAAAUUGCACCAACUUUACAAACAGUGAAUUCGUCAUUGAAAUCUGGUCUUGGCUCUCUUCGAAAUUCAAGCUACUUCAAAACAUUCGAGAAUACACUUGGCUCAACCGUGAAUGCAGUUAAAUCGAAAAUUGUUCCAUCGAAAUCAGCUAUGGAUUUCAAUGGCGACGAUAGUGAGCCUCUUCAUGGUGCUAGUGGAGGAAGUAUGAGUGCAAGUGCUACGCACGAUGAACAUCUUCAUUUUGGUGGUGAUAAUUCACAGGAGAAAAAAUAG